UAGCAGCAGGUUGUGAGGAAACCCUGCCAUAGAAAACUCCCCAAGCUCAUUAUACUUCACAGCAAGGGAUGAAUUUGAAAACUGUAAGGGCUUUUGCUAGCUUCCUAGGACGUUAAUUUUCCAGUCAAAACCUAGAUGUACCAGAAGGAUACCUAAGUGCCGCUGACUGAUUUCCCUCCAUUGCUCCUGAGACAUCAUGGCAAAGCUUCAAAUGCUUUCAGCAACCAGUGAACCCGGUUACCACGGCUGUGAGGCAUACCCCGCGUUCUCCCCCCGAUCCGCUGACCCAGGCUACUCCCAGGGCACUAUGGGAAGCGUUGGGAGUGGUGUCGCCAAUGAACAGGAAUUUGCAAUGAAAAGCGUUAACAGCAACAACCGAGCAGGCCACGCCCAGAACAGCAGUCGACAGCACGAAGGGCUGAGGAACGGGUACACUUCCCGGGAAUUCUCGAAGCACUUCUCGACUGAUGACAAAUGCUUCAAGCCUGAGAAAAUGUCCAAUUCGUUAUACAUUAAUGGGGACCGGACAGGCGAUAGAACUAAAACUGACGUAACUAACAAUAAUGAGAGGAACAUACCUCCACAGUGCAGAGAGUCAAGCAACCCCCCGAAGAUUCUGCCUGUAUCUGGCAAAUUAGAACAGAACAGUGAGUCAUUGAUUAGGCCCUCAGCUUUCAAGCCAGUUGUCCCCAAAAACUUCCACUCCAUGCAGAACCUCUGUCCACCACAAAGCAAUGGAAUUAUAGACAGCAGGAAAAGCCUUGAUGCUCAUCAUACCAGUAGCAACAGUCCUUCGGGCGGGAGAGCUGGGUUGGACAAGGCAGGCCACAGUAGGACUAUAAACCAUGGCGGAGGCAUGUCUGAUUCUGGCCGCAACUCACUGACCAGCCUUCCUACCUAUGGAAUGGGUUACAGCCAGCACAUUGGGCCAAUGAGUGCGUCUACAAGCCACAUCAACCGUCUAGGAACUUCAUACGGAGAGAGGGGAAUGCUGGGCUACAAUGGAAUAUCUACCUCCGAUAGUGGACGUUCUUCCAGUAAAAGCGUGGUGUCAUUCAACAAACUUAAUCAUAUGCAGGAAACACUAACAUAUCACUCACCGUCUAACGAUGAUAUCAUUCAGGACCUUGAAGACCGGUUAUGGGAGAAGGAACAGGAAGUUCUCCAGAUGAGAAGAAGCCUGGACAAGAGUGAAGCGGCCAUAGUGCAAGUCUUUGAGGAGAAGCAGAAGAUAUGGGAGCGUGAGAUGGAGGACCUGAAGCAGAAUUAUGCAAACAAGCUCCAGCAGGUGUCCAAGAAGGCACAGAGAGCCCAGCAGGCCUUACAGCUUCAGAUCUUCAAGCUCCAACAAGAGAAGAAGAAACUGCAAGAGGAUAUUGGACAGCUGCUGCAACAGCGAGAAGAGCUGGAGAAAAAAUGCAUGACUUUUAAGAAAGAGCAAUCCGAACUUCUGCCCAGACUUGAAGAGACCAAAUGGGAGGUAUGCCAGAAGGCUGGCGAGAUCUCCUUAAUGAAGCAGCAGAUGAAGGAUUCGCAAGCAGACGUGGCCCAGAAACUGAAUGAGAUAGUGGCAUUAAGGACACAAUUAAAGGAGGCAACAUCAGCGCUGAGGGCCAAAGAAGAGCAGGUCCUCACGCUGAAGGACUCCGUCAACGCCAAGGGCAUAGAGCUGGAGGUGUGUGAGAACGAGCUGCAGAGGAAAACCAGCGAGGCCCAGCUCUUGAGGGAAAAGCUGGGCCAGAACGAAACAGAAAUUUCAGGGUUAAAGCAGGCCCUGGCCACUGCGGGCCGCCAGAACUGGUGCAGUGAGGAGCCACCCGAGGAGCCAAGGGACCAGCUGGCCUGCGAGAGUGACGAGGCGAAAAUGCAGAGGCAGAACGAGGACGCGGUGAAGACCUUGAAGAAGCAGAUCGAGCGGCUGCAGGGGGAGCUGAGGCUCGAGCGACAGCAGCACGAGCAGCAGGCCACCCACUUCGAGGAGGAGAGGCAGACGUGGCAGGAGGAGAAGGAGAAAGUCAUCAAAUAUCAGAAACAGCUGCAGUUGAACUAUGUGGAAAUGUACCAGAAGAACCAGGCACUAGAAAGCAAACUUGACGAGAUAAGCUCAAAGGCCAAUUCUCCCACAGCCGACGAGAUCAAGCAAUGGACGCCAUCCCGGCUCGAACGGAUAGAAUCGACCGAAAUAUAAUCUGUGCGAAUGACUGUACACUUCAUAUUGAUGUCGAUGUGGGACCAUUUACAUGUUUUGUCUGUUAGAUUCUCAGCCAACCCGUGUGUUUUGUUUUUCAUUUUAGCACAAUGUCUGUCAUGGUGUGAUUGAAUCCAAAAUCUGGCCUCCACAUUUUUACUUUUUGAAACUGGGUGUGGUCUAACCAUCACAGCCCUUGCCUGCCCUGCCCCUACCCCCUCCACCACCACCUUUACAGUGAUACUGCAUUUCCUUUAUGUUUCUGUUCCUCAGCAG